UGAAUGGCACCCCAAUGCACCUUGGCAACUAAAGUGCGCUGAGGUGCAUACCAGAAAUGGUGCUUUCUGAAUAACAAAUACGUUUAUACCAGGGGCGGAAUGACAACUCAUGGGGCCCCCCGGGCAAUAGGGGAUCAUGGGGCCCCUGUGUCUUUGCCCAAACUCAGAAAAACCUAUGAAAAAGGUACCAGGGGCAUCUUAUGGGGCUCCCUACUGACCCCGGGCCCUCGGGCAGUGCCCGAGUUUCCAAAUGGUCAGACCGCCCCUGGUUUAUACUUUCCUACU